CAGUGGCGGCGGCUGCGCCCGGCUGUGUGUCUCCAGCCGCCGGAGGAAGAUGAGGCUGAAGAUUGGGUUCAUCUUACGCAGUUUGCUGCUGGUGGGAAGCUUCCUGGGGCUGGUGGUCCUCUGGUCUUCCCUGUCCCCGCGGCUGGACGACCCGAGCCCGCUGAGCAGAAUGAGGGAAGACAGAGAUGUCAAUAACCCCAUGCCUAACCGAGGAGGCAAUGGACUAGUUCCUGGGGAUGACAGAUUCAAACCUGUGGUACCCUGGCCUCAUGUUGAAGGAGUAGAAGUGGACUUAGAAUCUAUUAGAAGAAAAAACAAGGCCAAAAAUGAACACGAGCACCAUGCUGGAGGAGAGAACCAGAGAGACAUAAUGCAGAGGCAGUAUCUCACUUUUAAGCCUCAGACAUUCACCUACCGGGAUCCUGUGCUACGCCCCGGGAUCCUCGGUAACUUUGAACCCAAAGAACCUGAGCCUCAUGGAGUGGUUGGUGGCCCUGGAGAGAAUGCCAAGCCAUUGGUUUUGGGACCAGAACUCAAACAUGCAGUUCAAGCCAGCAUUAAAGAGUUUGGAUUUAACAUGGUGGCAAGUGACAUGAUCUCCCUGGACCGCAGCGUCAAUGACCUACGGCAAGAAGAGUGCAAGUAUUGGCAUUACGAUGAAAACCUGCUCGUUUCCAGCGUUGUCAUUGUCUUCCAUAAUGAAGGAUGGUCAACCCUCAUGAGAACAGUCCACAGUGUCAUUAAAAGGACUCCAAGGAAAUAUUUAGCAGAAAUUGUAUUAAUUGAUGAUUUCAGCAAUAAAGAACACUUAAAAAAAAAACUGGAUGACUAUAUUAAGCAAUGGAAUGGCCUAGUAAAGGUAUUUCGAAAUGAGAGAAGAGAAGGUUUAAUUCAAGCACGAAGUAUUGGUGCCCAGAAGGCUAAACUUGGGCAGGUUUUGAUAUACCUUGAUGCCCACUGUGAGGUGGCAGUUAACUGGUAUGCACCACUUGUAGCUCCCAUUUCUAAGGACAGAACUACAUGUACUGUGCCUCUAAUAGAUUACAUAGAUGGGAAUGAUUAUUCCAUUGAACCACAGCAAGGUGGGGAUGAAGAUGGUUUUGCCAGAGGGGCCUGGGACUGGAGUUUACUAUGGAAACGUAUUCCUCUAAGCCACAAGGAAAAGGCCAAAAGAAAACAUAAAACUGAACCUUAUCGAACCAUUUGCACUGUGCCGAUUAUAGAUGUCAUAAAUGGCAACACAUACGAAAUUGUGCCCCAAGGGGGUGGUGACGAAGAUGGGUAUGCCCGAGGAGCAUGGGAUUGGAGUAUGCUCUGGAAACGGGUGCCUCUGACCCCUCAAGAGAAGAGAAUCAGAAAGACAAAAACUGAACCAUAUCGGUCCCCAGCCAUGGCUGGUGGAUUAUUUGCCAUUGAACGAGAGUUCUUCUUUGAACUGGGUCUGUAUGAUCCAGGUCUCCAGAUUUGGGGUGGUGAAAACUUUGAGAUCUCAUACAAGAUAUGGCAGUGUGGCGGCAAACUACUGUUUGUCCCUUGUUCUCGUGUGGGACAUAUCUACCGUCUUGAGGGCUGGCAAGGGAAUCCUCCGCCCAUUAAUGUUGGGUCUUCUCCAACUAUGAAGAAUUAUGUUAGAGUUGUUGAGGUCUGGUGGGAUGAAUAUAAAGACUACUUCUAUGCCAGUCGUCCUGAAUCCAAGGCGUUAGCAUAUGGGGAUAUCUCUGAGCUGAAAAAAUUUCGAGAAGAUCACAACUGCAAAAGUUUCAAAUGGUUCAUGGAAGAGAUUGCUUAUGAUAUCACCUCACACUACCCUUUGCCACCCAAAAAUGUUGACUGGGGAGAAAUCAGAGGCUUUGAAUCUGCUUACUGCAUUGAUAGCAUGGGAAGGACGAAUGGAGGCUUCGUUGAACUAGGACCCUGCCACAGGAUGGGAGGGAACCAGCUUUUCCGAAUCAACGAAGCAAAUCAACUCAUGCAAUAUGACCAGUGUUUGACAAAGGGGCCUGAUGGAUCAAAAAUCAUGAUUACACACUGUAACCUAAAUGAAUAUAAGGAAUGGCAGUACUUCAAGAACCUGCACAGGUUUACUCACAUUCCUUCCGGAAAGUGCUUAGACCGCUCGGAUGUCCUCCAUCAAGUGUUUCUCUCCAAUUGUGACUCCAGUAAAAUGACUCAGAAGUGGGAAAUGAAUAACAUCCAUAGUGUUUAGAAAGAAUAAAAGAAACCAAUAACCUACCUACUGACACAUAAAUUUUCACAGGACUGAAAACCGCCUGAAACCUGCUGCAACUAUUAUUAACUCUGUACAGCUCCAAACCCAGCACCUCCUGAUAGGUUUGAAGGACAUUGAUAAACUGUGACUUUACAAUAACAUUGUCAUCUGCAGUUACUGUUUACAAAACUGCUUUUACCUUAAACUUUAUAGAUGUU